AUGUUAGGCUUGCAAAGGCCUCGACUGAAAGCCCGGCCGUCCCUGCUGCAACUGAUUAGCAGAGAGCCCGAGCGUCCUGCUCCUCCACCGCCCGUAGAGCUUCCAAAGUCUCCGCUUCCAGACUCACCCACCUCGACCAUCUCCUCCACGUCGAAUCCCUCCCCCCAAGCUACCUCCACCAUGGCUUCCAAGGACCAGGAGUCUCAUGGCUCCAUCUUCUCGGUUUCCGGUCCCGUCGUCGUGGCCGAGCACAUGAUCGGUUGUGCCAUGUACGAGCUGUGCCAUAUCGGACACGAUCUGCUAGUCGGUGAAGUCAUUCGUAUCGAAGCAGACAAGGCCACGAUUCAGGUUUAUGAAGAGACCGCCGGUUUGACCGUUGGUGACCCCGUUACGCGGACGGGCAAGCCCCUUUCCGUCGAACUGGGCCCCGGUCUGAUGGAAACGAUUUACGACGGUAUCCAACGACCCCUCAAGGCCAUCGCCGACCAGUCCAAGGGUAUCUACAUUCCCCGCGGUAUCUCCGUCAAUGCGCUGGACCGCAAGAAGAAAUGGGAGUAUAAGCCCGCCGGCUUCAAGGUCGGCGACCACAUCACCGGCGGUGACAUCUGGGGUACCGUGUUCGAGAACAGCUUGGUGAACGACCACAAGAUCCUGCUGCCCCCGCGUGCCCGCGGUACCAUCACACGGAUAGCCCCCGCGGGUGAUUACACUGUCGAGGAGAAGCUGCUGGAGGUCGAGUUCGAGGGCAAGAAGACCGAGUACGGGAUGAUGCAGACCUGGCCCGUCCGUGUGCCCCGCCCGGUCAACGACAGGCUGUCCGCCGAUUCGCCCUUCAUUGUCGGCCAGAGAGUGCUGGAUUCUCUCUUCCCCAGUGUCCAGGGUGGAACGGUGUGUAUUCCCGGUGCCUUCGGAUGUGGCAAGACCGUCAUUUCCCAGUCGGUGUCCAAGUUCUCGAACAGCGACAUCAUCGUCUAUGUCGGUUGCGGUGAGCGCGGUAACGAGAUGGCUGAGGUGUUGAUGGAUUUCCCCGAGCUUUCCAUCACCGUCGAGGGCCGCAAGGAGCCCAUCAUGAAGCGUACCUGCCUGAUCGCCAAUACCUCGAACAUGCCCGUGGCCGCCCGUGAGGCCUCCAUUUACACCGGUAUCACCAUCGCCGAAUACUUCCGUGACCAGGGCAAGGACGUGGCGAUGAUGGCGGACUCGAGUUCUCGCUGGGCCGAGGCUCUGCGCGAGAUUUCGGGUCGUCUGGGUGAGAUGCCCGCCGAUCAGGGUUUCCCCGCGUAUCUGGGUGCCAAGCUGGCCUCCUUCUACGAGCGUGCCGGCCGCAGCAGUGCUCUGGGUAGCCCCGAGCGCUACGGCAGUGUUAGUAUUGUCGGUGCCGUCAGCCCACCCGGCGGUGAUUUCUCCGACCCCGUCACCAGCAGUACCCUGGGUAUUGUGCAAGUGUUCUGGGGUCUCGACAAGAAGCUGGCCCAGCGCAAGCACUUCCCGUCCGUCAACACCUCGAUGUCCUACAGCAAGUACACCACCGUUCUGGACAAGUACUACGAAAAGCACAACCCAGACUUCCCUCGCCUGCGUGACCAGAUUCGAGAGCUGCUGUCCAAGUCGGAGGACCUCGACCAGGUGGUGCAGCUGGUCGGUAAGGCGGCGCUCGGUGACUCGGACAAGAUUACUCUGGACGUCGCCGCCAUGCUCAAGGACGACUUCCUGCAGCAGAACGGUUACAGUGACUACGAUCAGUUCUGCCCGCUGUGGAAGACCGAGUACAUGAUGAAGGCAUUUAUGGGCUUCCACGACGAGGCUCAGAAGGCCGUUGCGCAGGGCCAGCAGUGGAGCAAGGUCCGCGAUUCCACCUCAGACUUGCAAAACUCUCUGCGGAGCAUGAAGUUCGAGAUUCCCGACAACGAGAAGGAGGUGUCGGCCAAGUACGAGCAGAUCCUGCAGACCAUGUCGGAUCGAUUCGCCUCGGUCACGGAUGAGUAG